GGACGAGAGACCAGCGAGGCGGGAGAGCGCGCGUUCUGAGCUGGCAGUUGAUGGAGCGGAUAUGACGCGAGCGGAAGCGGCUUAGCAGAAGCUGUUUGAAGAGAUGCCCCUGAGGGUGAAGGAAGAGUGUGGGGUUUGCAUUGAAUAGUAAUUGUAACCAACAAUGAGAAGAAAAGUGGCAGGAAGACUUAGGCUUAGUCCUAACGAAGAAGCUCAGCUGUUGAAAGAAGAACAUGAAAGAAGAAGAAAAUUAAGGCUACAACAGGUCAGGGAACAGGAGCGGAAUAUUGCUUUGCAGAUAAGACAAGAUGUUAAGCAGCGAAGAGAUGAACACCUGAAGCAGUUGGCCGAAGAACUGGCAGCAGAAUGGCAGAAAACACAGGAUGAGAAAAUUAAAGCUCUGGAAAAUCUAUACCUGUCAAGUUUAAGAGCCAUAGGAGAAGGGCAUAAAGAGGCAAAGGAAAAUGAGCCUGAUGUGGAGGCACUGGCAAAGCAAGCAGAAGAAAGGAAAGAAACAGCAAAAAAGCGGUAUAAGGAAGCACUGAAAAAACAGAAGAGUCAGAAGGAGAAAUUCCUGAGAGAACAAACCAGGCGAGCCAAUGCACGAAAGCAUGCAUUUGAGGUGGAAAGAGAAAGAGCAGCUAAAGUGGCGAGCCUGCCUCCUCCUCCCCCCCACCCUUUUGAAAAUAUUGAAUUGAAGACUCUACCUGCAGUGAAAACUAGUGAUGUUGAUAAUUUUUCGAUUAGUCGGCACCAUAUAUUUGACCCAUAUGUGGACAGAGAAAUGAGCACAGAACAGCCAGAUGCACGGUUGCUCGCCAAAGAGGAAGCCAAACAAAAGGAAGAGCUGCAAAACGACAAAGAAAGAGAAAAGAGAGAACAGCUGGAAAAAGCUUAUUUGAGAGGGAAACAUGCCUUGAAGAUGGUUCGACUGGCGAGAGACAAGGAAAAGUUAAUGAAAGAGCUUGAACAGAUGCAAAAUGUAGACCUGGCCCACAGAAGGCGGAUCGUUGCCCAGAUGCCCCCGCAACUCUUUGAACCGACCUAUAGACGUGUGGAAAUCAAAGAAGAAUGGCAGAGGGAGCUGGAGUGCGCCUUUGAAGACAUGUACACUGGAAACAUGAAAAUGAAAGGAGAUCUUAUUUUGCACCUUGAUCCACAGCCUUUGCCAGCUCCCUCCGAUGCAUCUCAAGAUGAUGAACUAGAACUUUCCCAGGAACCAGAACCUGUAUGUGACUUGCCUCCAAGAUUGGAAAGUGAGAUGGAGGGCAAUGAGCCAAGCGGUAGCGAAAUGGAAAAGAUAUGCCAGCCUCCGGCAAAGCUAGCUCUAAAAAAGUUGCUAAACAAGAUACGGAACCAAAAAGACCUUUGGACAUCAAGAUGUGACUCAGAGGCGCGAAGUGACAUCGGGACAAUUGAGUCAGGGACCAUUUCUGGUGGAGGAGAAAAAGCAGAAGGAUUAGCAUCAGUGCCUGAACCUGAAUCCAAGCGUGAUCUUGCUGCUGAACCUUUUGAAGGGUUUCCAGAAAUACUGGACCAAACUGUUGUUGCUGGAAAUGAACUUAUAAAACAAGCACAAGAGCAAACCACUAAAAUUAGAAAGGAAUUAGAAAGAUUCACACAGACAGAGCAGCAACAACAGCAGCAAACAACAGAGCAAAAAAGACAGCUAGAAGUUGAUUUUCUGAAGCCUAAAGUGCAACACCAAGAGCAGGAAGCUAAGACAGAGCAGGAAAAGAAAGAUCAAGAAUGUCAAACAGAACAAAACGUUUUUGAUUCUGUUGUGCAUCACAAGCAGGAAGCAGAAUACAAGACUGACAUUGCCGAGGAGUCACAGGCAGCCUGGUUUCCUAAAGAGGAUGACCAUCUAAAGAGGAUUCAUGACUGUCAGCAACGUCUGCUGAUGCAAAACAGGAUGCAUCAAGAAUCGGUGGACGAAGCCAGAAGACAAUUAGAAGUAUAUCAGAAUAAAUUGCAACAGAGAUUCCAGUCAGUUUCCAGGGCAUUGUUCAAUCCCGAAGACAGGCUUGCAAGCCUGAAUUCUCUGCCUGAUCCAUUGUCACAAGCACAGGAGUUGCAUCCAUCACAGAGAAUUAAAGCGACGACUUGCAAGCCGUCCGAGAAGGUUUCUGUUCAAGAACUGGCACCAUCGUGGCAGAAAAACAAGGGGCAGAGGCUUGAAGUCGCCACUGACGAGCCCAGGGUUGAUUCUGAAAGGCAAGUGCAGGAAAAUCAAAGAUGUUUUCAUUUGGCGCAAGGAUCCUCUUCACAUCAAGAGAGAGAAAAACUGGAUGCAGUGGGAACAACUGUGGUGCAGUCACUGGAAUUCCACAAGAUUCCUGGAUCGUUGUUGCCAAAAUCUGAGGAUACCUCGGCUACCACCCAACCUGUCGCUCACAUUCCAGAUGCCCGAUUCGUUUUACCUGAAGGUGAUUCUCCAGGGGCUUCAGAAACCCUCUUCUCCGAAGCACCCAUGCCUGACAAACCCCUAGCUGAAAAGAUUCUUUUGCCAACGUUCUUAAAACACCGAGAUAUUCCGACGGAGAACAGGAUAAACCCAGUUUUUAACCAGGCCCGCCAUCUUCCUUUCCAUUUGAUUUCUUCCUCGCCGCCUCCCAUCAUGGCCAAGACCAAGAGCAUCCAGGACCCCUCGGCAUCGAAAAAGGGACCUGAAGUUUUGCCCGGUUGUUCCGAUCUAGUAGAAUUAAGAGACCAACUGCUGGCUUCCUCUGAGAGCAUUGAAGUUCAGCAGCAGCACUUGAAAGAACUGCAGGAACGGCUAGAUGAGCAGCGGGAAACCCUUCUGUUUCGCCAGAAAAUACAGGAGGACUUGCUGCUGCAGAGGCAUGCCCAGCUGAAAGAAAAAAUGGAGCAACAGCAGGAAGCCUUAAAAGGGAUUAUUAAACGGGUAACACAGUCAAGACCAGGCAGGGAUAUGACAGAGGCAGAGCCCGACAGCCUCAGUUUGCUGAAUGUGCUUCUUAAUGAAGCAGAAGAUGGCAACCCAAAGCAGGUUCAUUUUGAUGAUACGGACAGUCAUGCAGAAAAUAAUUCUUUGUUUCAAAAAGUGAAUUCGAUGGAACAAACGGGACUAUUUCAGAGCACGUGGACUAGAGAAGAGAAACAGAGACUUUCAAAACCACCUUUGGUCAAAGUAAAACCAGGACUUGGUCUGGAACAGCAUGAACUUAGUGCUAUACAAGAACUUGACACACCAAGGAGUGACAGAUUUACCAAUACAGAAAUUUCAGGAUACAAAGAGCUUCUUACUCCAGAUAUAUUCUUCACUCCCCAAAUUGAUAAGCUACGGUCCAGUAAAAGCCCAACUGAGUCUUUACAGGAAGAAAUAGAUCUGCCAAGAACUAUUUCUAUUGCUGAUGAUAAAGAACUAGACUCUGGUCAAAGUCUGGAGCACAUACAAGGGUCAUGGCAAGUUGAAUCGAUGUGGAAAGCCAAUGGUUUGUAUGACUCAGUCCACUCCGAAGAAUUUACGUCUAUUGAUCAAAAUUUAUCAAAUUAUUCUGCUGAUAGUGGAAGAAUAGUUACAUCUCCUGAUCCAUCAUUGAGGCCAAACAGCCAAGUAACACUGUCACACGCAUGGUCUCCGGGUUUGUUAACGCCAACAACGUGUACACAGCAGGUCGCUUGUGGCUAUUUUACUUCAGAAACUCCUCCUGCUGCCAACUUUAUAAAAAACUACAACCCAGAUCAUGAUCUUGCUGGUAAAGAGUCCUGUGCAGCCAAGCAACAGACCAGCCUUUUCAGCUUUCCAGCAAAGGAGAUUUCAAGCACUGCUUCAUUUCUACAAAAAGCUGAUGAUUCUUCAAAGCAUCUCAGUUCUCGCCCCUCUUUUGAAGAAAUGGAUUACGAUGGAAGCAAAAUCCAGCAAAUAAUAAACAAAUAUAAAAAAGAUCUCGGCUGGUCAUCCCUGAAUAAUGUAUCUUCUGACCAUGAUCCAGCGGUUGGACUUGAUGCUGCUGAUAUUGAAAGAAAUUUUCCAAAUUUCCACCGAGAACUUUUUCAGCCUUUGAAGCCGAGUUUUGACUUUGAUAUCUGCUCCACUCUUUUUCACUGUAGAAUAUCUCAAAACAGCAAAGACUUUAGCAAGAUUUCAGAUUUAUCUAAGAGUCAAGAUUUAACAAUUUCUACUCUAGAAGAAGGAAGCAACAGUCCUUUAUUUCUUAGCAGAGGAAAACUAAGCAGUUCUCAGCUAAAGGAACAGAGUAAUGAAAGGAUGAACCAGCCAAGGCAAGCUGUUCAACCGUUGGCCAAAGAAUUGUCUGAACCCUUAUCUCUGGAAAAUAUCUUGCACAACAAUAGUUUUGGUAAAUCUGGAGCCUUCAGUUUCAAGCCUGGACAAAACCUUGAGCUAAGCAAGAACUGUGGGGAGGACCUUGUGGUUAUUUCACCUGAGACUGGAUCCUGCGAGGAUCUGCAAGAUGACGGUGACGCUCGUUAUUUCUGUUCGUCCAUCGAAAACCUUCGCAGCCUUACUCCAGCUGAUGAUCAAACCUCCAUUUACGAGAUGAUUCCAAGUUCUGGCACAAGGAAAAGCACUCUGGAGAGGACAGAAUGGGCAAAAGAGGACACUAGCUCCAGGGCAGGGAGUCUCUGCUUCGUUGAACUAGCCACAACGUCAUACAACAACAACAAUGAAACGGAGACCAGGAGCAGAUUAGUCAAGGGGAAUGUAGAAACUGACCCCACACGGUAUGCUUUAAAUGCCACGCAAGAGCAGAGUUUUCCAAGAUCAAAGGUACUGCUGGAUGGGCCUCAAGAAAUGAACUCUGGCAGUCCCUUUCAGAAUUCUGCUCAGGAAAAUAUCAGUCAGCCAGCCGUGUUUCCACAAUCAAAUAUGGAUGCCAUCCAGGCUAAAAGCUCAGAUUCCCGUUUGUCGCAGUGCAGCAUCCCUGUUUGGGAGACCCUUACAGGAAGAGGCAUCAUGGAAGAACCUGACCUGACACUAGUAAGCUCUAACGACAUCAGCGUUGCAGAAUCAGAGCUUAUACCUGGCGAUCAUUUUGAAGUUAGAGACUGUCCCCAGAGCAGAGGAUUUUUCCCAUUAAACCCAGAAGUGGAUGAAUUUCCCACGCAGCUGGACUAUCCACCAGUAACUCCAAGCCCUCAAAAUGAUCCUGAUCAAAACUCCAAGCCAAGAGAUAUAAUAUUGUCAGAGUUUGCACCUGUCCAUGGCAGCCUGCAGGAAUCAUUUUUGAAACGGAAGAAAGAUUUUAUUGAGAGAUCUUUGAAAAGGGUGGAGAAACUAAAAAACCGAGAGCAAAGCUCAGAAAAGACCCAGAGUAAGGCACCUCCACUGAAAAAACCACAACUCCACAAACGAAACGUGAACUGGACACCUCACGCGGCAGCUGUUCAUCUUUUGAAGAAAGGGGAAGAAAAAAGGUGCUCUCCAGUUGACAGGAAAGUGGCCGCAGAACAAAUGCAGCAACGGACUUCAAGACUGUAUAAUAAUCUGGCGGAAGUGAAAAACAGAAAGGAAGAGAAAGACAGAAAAGAAAAUUAUGCCAGGAACAGGGAAAGAGCAAAAGAAUUUCACAAGAAAACAAUGGAAAAACUACGAGCCAGGAAAAUCAAUUUGAAAACCUAGUAUUUUGCAGAUGUUCCACAAAUGGAGGAUAAUUUAUCAGCAUUGUAUUUGAGGACUCCGUGAUAAUUAAAUUAUGUGGCAGAAUUUGAGAUAAUUCACAUUUGGUAUGGAUGUAUUUGCAAACUUUCCAACGCUGUAUAUAGACCAUUGUCUCCAAUUAUGGCUUUUCAACUCAAGAUUUUUAUUUUCAAAUGUCAUGUGUUUGCUUUUUGUACUAUUUUAACUAUUUAUAAUAAAAACUUUUAUUUGCAAAAA